AUGAAGAUUUCCGGCAACAUGGAACCGACCAUCCUGAGUCGUCGGGACAGGAAUGCUAGGAUCCUCAAACCCAUUCUCCGUGCCUAUGCGCUCGGGUAUUUAUCUUCGGUUACUCCAAAGCUCGUCUCUUAUGUGCGGCGACUCAGCAAGGACGGGACGGUGGAGCAGAAGCUUCAAGAGCUGGCUCAAAUCUUGAUUAGUCCGUUGCGCGUCGACAGCUUUGCAACAUUUUGUGCCUCGCUAAUCGGUGGUGCGGGCGUGCUGCCGGUAUUACUAUAUCAGCUAUACGCGUUGGUCGCCGUUGGGUCUUCCAAUGGCGACAUACGGAUUUCUCAACGGCUCGACCGCUUGAUUCGAUUUACCAGUGCAUUUCUGUCAGCAUGGCUCAGUUUCCAGCUCCUUAACAAACCCCGUGUUCGGACGGAACAUAUCCAAAAUACACCGAACUCCCCGAGUCAAGCAAAACACUCCCAAGAUGCAGCCAAUCCGCUUGAGCAUCGCCGUCCGGAGCUAGCCGGGAGGACCAUGGACCUUACUCUCUUUACGGUCACGAGAGCAGUGGAUGUGGUAGCGUGUAUCGCGUGGACCCGUUGGGCUCGCUGCCGCAAAGCUCAGAACCGCUGGACGGUGGCCGAGUCCCUGGCGCCAGGUCUGGCUGACGCAGGGGUUUUCGCGGCCAGCGCAGCGAUAGUCAUGUGGGCGUGGUUCUACCUUCCAGAACGGUUACCUCGAACCUAUGAGAAAUGGAUCGGGGAAGCUGCUCAAGUGGACUCACGUUUGAUCGAGGCCCUGCGUCGCGUUCGUCGGGGGGUUUUCGUCUAUGGCAAGGAUACAGGACAAGCGCCCCUCCUGCAGUCCAUGUGCCGGGACUAUCACUGGCCGGAGCAGUGGGGGGAUCCAUCCAAAACGAUUCCAAUUCCAUGCGAAAUGGUACACAUGGGCUGCGGCUCUAGUUGUGAGAAACACGCGGUGUAUCGCUUUGCCAGGACCUUUAAAUUUGCCUGUGCAACCUACAUCCCUCUGCAGAUUGUUCUACGCCUACGGCGAAUGAAGUCCGCGGCCGCAUGUGGCCGCGCCAUCUCCGAUGCCGCUCAGUCAUCUGCUUUCCUCGCCUCCUUUGUGAGCCUCUUCUACUAUUCCGUGUGCCUUGCGCGGACGAGGAUUGGUCCCAAGAUUUUUGACCGGGAGACAGUCACGCCCUUGAUGUGGGACUCGGGUCUCUGCGUCGGGGCGGGAUGUCUCAUGUGUGGGUGGAGUGCGCUGGUCGAGAAAGCACGGAAACGCCAGGAGCUGGCACUAUUUGUGGCACCUAGAGCUGCGGCCACCGUUUUGCCACGGUUGUAUGAUAAGAAGUACCAAUACCGCGAGCGCAUUGCAUUUGCCAUGAGUGCUGCUAUUCUUUUUACUUGUCUUCGCGAGAAGCCCAGCAUGAUCCGAGGAGUCUUUGGUCGAAUCACCACCAGCGUGUUGAAUUAG